AUGAUUUUUAAUAAUAGGAAAAGAGCGAAAAACAAAAAUGGAAUAUAUAUAUAUGGAAUUCUUCUUAUCCUUUUCUUAAUAGUUGAAAUAAAUGAAUGUGUAAAAAAAAAUUACAACAAUAAAUGUUCAUCGAUUGGUUUGAAUCAAAAUAAUUUGUUCGAAUGCGCAAAUAUAAGAGAUAAAAUCAAUUAUUUUCCAUCGUAUAACAUAAAAAAAAAAAGAAGGAAAAUUGAAAAAAAUCAAAGAUCCAAAUUUUUUUUUUUAAACAAUAUAUUCCAAAUUAAUGAAAAUGAUAGUAGAAAUAAAAUAAAUAAUUUAUGGAUAAAUAAGAAUAGAAUAGUUCCAAUUAAAUUUUUGAAAUGUGUCGAAAAACAUAUGAAUGUAAAGGGAAUAUGUAAUAUUGAAAAUAGUGUUGAUAUAAAAAAUGAAAAUGGUUUAAUUACAAAAAGUUAUGAUUUGAUAAAACAUAUAAAUUAUGACUUUAAAGAAGAAUGUAAUGAUAUAAUGAUAAGGACAGGAAAUUUUUUAGAGGUUUCACCUAAUUUAAUAUUUAAAUAUGUUUGUGUGAAAUUAAAUAAAUUAUUUACAAAUUUAUAUACAUAUGAUAAUGAAAAUAUUCCAUUUUGUAGUACUGAACAUACAUUGAAUAUAACUGAAGAUGUUAUAAAACAUAAUAAAUUUAAAAUAUAUAGUGUUUUGGGGUUAAAAAUAUUACAAUUAUUUUUAAUUAAAUAUUUGAGAAGUAUUAAAUUAUGUAUUCCCAUAGAAGUCCGAAAAAGAUAUAUUUAUGAUUUUCUAAAAAUUGAAUAUAUAUCCAAGGUAUAUGAUGAAAAAUAUAAUUUGAUUGAUAAAAAUAUUUUUAAUAAUAUUUCAGACAAACUGAAAACUAAACUUAUAUAUUUUUAUAUAUCAUUAUAUCCUCAAAAUGUUCCAAAUAUUUUGAUAAAAAUAUUUAAAGUAGCUAAUUAUAAAAAUGAAGAUGAACUAUUAUAUAAAUAUAUUAUGAAAUCAAAAUUUACAUCGAGAGGUGGAAAAAGAUUUCGUAAAAAUAUAUCAAAAGAAUAUAAAAAAAUAUUUUGUAUAGAACCUUUAAUAAAAAAACAUCCUUGUGAAAAUGAUAUAUUAUGGAAUCGAUUUUUUUCUAUAAUUAAAAAACAUAAUCCUGAUGUUGUUAAUUCUAAAAAAAUUUUAAGAGAAACUUAUCGUUUAGUUUUUAGUAAAAUAAAUUUUGCAAAUGACCAAAUAAUUCAAUUAUUUGAAAACAAAGGUUUCCAUAUUUUUAGCGAUUUUACAUCAAAUUUAAAUAACAUAGAUAGUGAAAAUAAAAAUGAGGAAAAAAAUUCCGAAGAUCGAGAUAAUAAAAAAAUUGAGAUUAAAAAAAAAUUAAAAAUUGGACAUGAAAGAAAAACAUGUGUAAUAAAUUAUAUUACCAAUUUGAAAAGUUUUAUUCUUGAUUAUAUAGAAAAAAAUAAAACUAUAUAUCAUAAUUUUUAUGAUUUAAAAAAAAAUAUAAAUAUGCCAAAAAAUCUUCAAUAUGAUGAUAUUAUAUCUAGAAACACAAAUAUUUUCCAUUUCACAAAAUUUAACGAGCCCAAUAAUCCAAUAAAUAACGAUCCGAUAUUCGAAAGAAAGCCAGCAAAUGCUGAAAAUGCUGAAAAUGUUGGAAACGCUGAAAAUGAUGAAAAUGUAGAUCAUAAUAAUAAUACAACAUUUGUUAUUCAAUCGAGUCUAUUAAAUAAGAAAAGAAAUAAAAAAAGAAAUAAAAAAAAUGACGACGAUAAUGCAACAAAGGAAAUAUCAUCACUUCCUAAAACAGAUGCAGAAAUUUAUUGUAAUGAAAUAGUAAAUAAUACAAUAGAUAAUAUAUUAGAUAUAAUGAUUCAAAAUUCUGGUUUUGGGAAUAUAAAAAUAUUAUUAGGAAUAUAUAAUUCGUUACAAAAUAAUAAGAAUUUUAAGUUAAUUAAUUUUAAACAUGCAUUCGACAAAUAA